AUGCUUUAUUCACUUGAGCAAUUUUCUAUUGAUCAAUUAUCUUAUCAACAAGAUCUAUUUCAUAAUAGGUUUCAUAAUUUACCAUUAUUUGAUGAAAAACAAUCACCACGUCUAAUUGUUUUACUUUGGUUCUGUCAAAAAAUAACAUCAUAUUUACUUGAAUCACCAUCAAAUGUAGCUGUACUUCAUUGUCAUGAUUCCAGAAAUCAAUUAGCAUUUGGAGUAUGUUCAUUACUUGCCUAUCAUCAAAUAUUUCCAAGAGUUGAUCAAAUUAUUCAAUAUUAUGAAUUCCAUCGAUGUGCACAUUCAUCAUUAACAAUGUCACAAAAAAGAUAUAUUCAAUAUUUAUGUGAUAUAUCAUCUGGUAUUAUUGAAAGACCACAUUUUAACGAAUUAAUUCUUAAAUCGAUAACUUUAUCACCAGUACCAUUUGUUAAUCGAGAAAAAGAUGGUUGUCGUCCAUUUGUUGAUAUAUAUGAUCAAGAACAUAAAAAAAUCUUUUCAACAUAUCAAGAAGCAUCUAAACUUCGAGUUUAUUCUGCAGCAGAUAACAAUUGUUCUAUUCCAAUAAAUCUUUCAUUUAAGGAUGAUUUAACAAUUCAUAUAACACAUGCAACAAUUGGUAGUUCACGUCGAGCUCGUGAAGGUGGAAUUCGUAUAGGUGAAUUUACAAUCAAUUCAAAUUUUAGUACUUUAAAGCAUCCAGAGUUAUCUUAUCCACGAAAUGAAUUGGAUGAAAUCGAUCAAAAUGACAAAUCAACAAAGUUUUUUCGUGUCACACUUGAUAUUGCAAAUUCACAGCAAGCUAUGAUCAAGGAACAAGAUUCAUUUUCAAAACAAUUGAACAAUACAAUAAAGAAACCUUUAGCUUUAUUUAAAGAUGAAAAUGAAUUAAAACAAAAAAUCAAUCAUUUUGAGAAUCAAUUUAAACAUCAAAAUGGUGAUAUGAACGGUAAAAAUGAAGUUCCAUCAUCUCCUGAAUCAAAUAGUUCAUCAUCAUCAUCAAGACGAAAUAGUCUUCGAUUUUCAGAUUCAUUUUCAUUGACUCCUCAAUCUCCAUUAUCAUCAUUUAUAAAUCCUAUACAUAAUCCAUUUAAACAACAAAAAGAUCUUAGUUCACAAACAUCAGUAAGUCAUUCACCACCAUCAGUUGAAGAAAAACAAAAUAAAGAACAAACAGCUAUUGGUACUCUUCUGGAUAUUGGAGAAAAUAAUUUAAAUAAUGCAUACAUAUUUGAAAGAUCAAUAUCAUCUGAUAAACAACAACAUGAAUUUAAUUCAAGUAUUGAGUCACAAACAAAUCUUCUUGAUGAUGAUUUGGAUCAACAUAGACAUGUUUUACAAAGGCAUUUAUCAGAAACGCUUUCACCAACACCUAUCAUAGUAACAACGAAUGCUAACACACAACAGAACGCAUCGAAUUCAACUAACCAAUCUAAUACAACAUCAGCAACAACUGGUUCUAAUUCUAAUGUCAAUAAAACAGAAAACAAUGUUUCUUCUUCCCAACCAAAAUCAAACUCAGUUAAAUCAGAUUCAUUUCGAAGUCGUUUAAACAAAAUAAAAAUCGAUUUUGAUAUAGAUCUUGGUGAAAUAGCUGGUUUAAAAGAUUCUAAGCCUAAAUCUGAAUCAUCAACACCACUGACAAUCGGUGAUAAACGAAAAGCUACAUUACUUAAAGAUAUUGAUCCAACAGUUCUUAAAGUUCGAGAAUGGACUGAAGGUAAAAAAAGAAAUAUUCGAGCAUUAUUAUGUUCUUUAACAAAUGUUACAUGGCCAGAAUGUAAAUGGACUGGAUGUCAAUUGAAUGAAUUAAUAACACAUGAACAAGUGAAAAAAGUUUAUAGAAAAGCUGUACUUCAUAUUCAUCCAGAUAAACUUCGUGGCGAUCCAAAUGAACCAUUAGCUAAACUUAUUUUUGUUGAAUUAAAUGAAGCUUGGUCUCAAUUUGAACAAGAAUCAAAUUGA